AUGUUCGGCAUGUUCCGUCGCAUUUACGAGAGCUUCAUCUCUCCACCCGAAGUUCCCAAGACUGAUAAUGCCUUGCGAUUCGGGUUGUUGGGAGCAUCCGAUAUUGCGCCAAUGUCACUCCUCCGUCCGGCAAAAACACAUCCGGAAGUCAUCAUCGCAUGUGUCGCAGCGCGAGACCACGCGAGAGCCGAGGAAUAUGCCAAAAAGCACGGCAUCGAGGGUGUUCAUGAUAGCUAUCAAGACGUCCUAAAUGACCCAUCCAUCGACUGCAUCUACAUCCCUUUACCCAAUUCGCACCACUACGAAUGGGCAAUCCGCGCCAUCGCAGCUGGAAAGCACGUCCUGCUCGAAAAGCCCAGCACCUCCAAUGGCGCUGAAGCGAAGAAACUAUUCGAGCAUCCAGUCGUCACAGCACCCAAUGCUCCUGUCUUAUUGGAAGCGUUCCAUUAUCCCUUCCAUCCUACGUGGCAGACGUUCAUGCAACUUAUCCACAAUGAUCCCUUAGCGGGACCCGUGAAAAGUGCGGCUAGUUAUUUUUCUACCCCCAGGGGUUAUUUUGGGAAGGAUGAUAUCCGCUUCCGGUACGCGUUGUCGGGGGGUUGUAAUAUGGAUCUUGCGACGUAUUGUGUGUCGCAGAUUCGGCAGAUAUUGGGUGAUUCAAGGCCAAAAGUUGAAAGUGUGACGUUUAGAACGCUAUCGAAAUCCGAGCAUCCGGAAAAUGAAGUUGAGGAUUUGGAGCAGAUUGAUGAAGCGGUGACGGCGACGUUCAAGUCCAAGACUGGCGCUGUGGGGAGGAUAGGUUCUGAUUUUGCGUUGACCGGUACUUUUUUGGGCAUGAAGGUACCGAAGCUGGAAUGGGCGAAAUGCAUUGCUGAACUUGAGGAGAAGGAGGUUAGCGGAGAGGAGGAGGAGGGGAAGCAGACCAAGCUUGGAGAUGGGGAGAAGCAUUACGUUCAACGCAUGGUGACCUUGUACAACCAUAUCGGUCCCGUGGUAUACCACAGCAUCGUCGUGGAGGACAAACAUUCUAUCAAGCGCGAUGGAACAACAACGGUGAAAUCGUGGACGCAGAAGAAUACGAUCAAAGCAUAUGACUGGCCCGACAAAUCCGAUGGCCGUCAGGGCGGCGCGUCCUGGUCCACGUAUAGAUAUCAAUUGGAAGAGUUUGUGAACCGUGUUAAAGGCAGAAAGGGAACAGGCGUGUGGGUUGAGCAUCAGUCCAGUAUGGAUCAGAUGGCUGUACUGGAUGAGAUGUAUGAAAAGGGCGGGUUGAAGGUUAGGCCUUCUAGAGCGGUUGAGGUGGAGGGAUGA